CAAAAAAAAAAAAAAAACUUUCCGUUCAGUUUCUAUUUAUAAUGGUGCUGAUUCUCUUUGGAUUCAGCUUCAAUUUUGUUUUCCUUUAUUACUAGAUUUUUUACAUAUUUGAAACUUUAGCUUGGAGUGAAUGAAGCGUGCCCUGAUUUGAAAUUCCUCGUUUCCUUCCUUUUCUGCAUUUGAUCAAAACAAAUCUUCAGCAAUAAACUUAGGAUUAGGAACCGUCAAAGAAAGAAAUUGAAUUAAAUAAAGAAUCAAAUUAAAUCAUUUUCGUAUCCUAGAAGAGAAAAUCUAGCAGAGUUUUUGAACCAUGAAUCCAUAUUUUCCGGUGAAGGAAGAGUACCCGAGUUCCAGUUAUUCACAGUCCGACGACGUCCCGUCAGUGGUGAUGGCGCCGCCGCAACCGAUGGAGGGUCUCCAUGAUUCAGGGCCUCCACCAUUCCUUGCUAAGACCUUUGACAUGGUGGAUGACCCUAGUACUAACCACAUAAUUUCUUGGAGCAGAGGAGGCAGCAGCUUUGUUGUAUGGGAUCCUCACUCUUUCUCCACUAAUCUCCUCCCUAGAUAUUUCAAGCACAAUAAUUUCUCUAGUUUUGUUAGGCAACUCAAUACUUAUGGGUUUAGAAAGAUUGAUCCAGACAAAUGGGAGUUUGCCAACGAGGGGUUUCUCAGGGGCCAGAAGCAUCUUCUGAAGAGCAUUAGGAGAAGAAAGACCGCAUCUCAGACCCCACCAUCUCAACAAGCUCUUGGUCCUUGUGUUGAAGUCGGGAGGUUUGGCCUAGAUGGAGAAGUUGAUCGUUUGAGGCGUGACAAGCAGGUUCUAAUGAUGGAAUUGGUGAAACUAAGACAGCAGCAACAGAACACUCGAGCCUAUCUUCAGGCAAUGGAAGAAAGGCUGCAAGGCAUAGAAAAGAAGCAGCAGCAAAUGAUGUCUUUCUUGGCUAGAGCAAUGCAGAAUCCAGCUUUUCUCCAGCAGCUAAUGCAACAAAAGGAGAAAAGAAAGGAGAUUGAAGAAGCCAUGUCUAAGAAAAGGAGGCGGCCAAUUGAUCGACGACCUGGUGCUGUGGAUGUAGGUGAAUCAAGCCGAGGGAGGGAGGGAACGGAUCCUGUUAAAACUGAACCUUUAGAAUUUGGAGAUAAUGGAUACCAAGUAACAGAGUUGGAAGCACUUGCACUGGAAAUGCAAGGUUUUGGUAGGUCAAGAAGGGAACAAGAGGAAACACAUGAGCUCGAACAUGGAGAGAAUCAUGACAAAGAACUUGAUGAAGGAUUUUGGGAAGAACUAUUGAAUGAGAGAUUUGAAGGAGAGUUAGAUAUACCAGAAACUGAAGCAGGAGAAGAUGAAGAUGUCAAUGUAUUGGCUGACCGGUUGGGUUAUUUGGUUUCAAGUCCAAAGUAGAGAAAGUGAACAUCUAGAUUCUAUAGCAUAGCUACUUGUGAGAACCAGUUCGGCAUUCCCUCGGUGACAAUUUCUCUUCGGGGGAAGGUCUUACACCCAGCACGUUUUGUAGCUUUAGUUUAAUAUUUCUGCAAAUGGGCUCUCAAAAAAGGGAUAGGCCAUGAUCUUCACAUUGUUUUGAUACUUUCUUGUUAUUGGCAGGAUAGGGGGAACUACAUACCAAGAACUGUAUCCGAGGAAAAUGCUCUCUCUCUUGUUACCGGUGUUUCUAACCCUGUUUUCUUCAUCUACCAUUCCAUUUUUUUUCCCUUUUGUAUAUCCUUUGCCUCUUAUCUUUCUCUAUCCUUGGUUAGGUUGCAGCUGUA